UGGCACGUGAUCCGGGAGCGGCUUGGUCGCUUAGUGGCUCGGUCUGUCUGUCCGUCCGCGGGUGCCAUCAUGGCGGACGCGGCCAGUCAGGUGCUCCUGGGCUCCGGCCUCACCAUCCUGUCCCAGCCGCUCAUGUACGUGAAGGUGCUCAUCCAGGUGGGAUAUGAGCCUCUUCCUCCAACAAUAGGACGAAAUAUUUUUGGGCGGCAAGUAUGUCAGCUUCCUGGUCUCUUUUGUUAUGCUCAGCACAUUGCGAGCAUCGAUGGGAAGCGUGGGUUGUUCACAGGCUUAACUCCAAGACUGUGUUCAGGUGUCCUUGGAACUGUGGUCCAUGGUAAAGUUUUACAGCAUUACCAGGAAUGCGACAAGGUUGAGGAUUUAGGCCCCGGAAAUGUACAGAAAGAAGUCACACCUUCCUUUGACCAAGUUAUCAAGGAGACAACUCGAGAGAUGAUGGCCCGUUCUGCUGCUACCCUCAUCACACAUCCCUUCCACGUGAUCACUCUGAGAUCUAUGGUACAGUUCAUUGGCAGAGAAUCCAAGUACUGUGGACUUUAUGACUCCAUAGUAACCAUCUAUCGUGAAGAGGGCAUCCUAGGAUUUUUUGCGGGUCUUAUUCCUCGCCUCCUAGGUGACAUCAUUUCUUUGUGGCUCUGUAACUCACUGGCCUACCUCGUCAAUACCUAUGCCCUGGACAGUGGGGUUUCCACCAUGAGUGAAAUGAAGAGUUAUUCCCAAGCUGUCACAGGAUUUUUUGCCAGUAUGUUGACCUAUCCCUUUGUGCUUGUCUCUAAUCUUAUGGCUGUCAACAACUGUGGGCUUGCUGGUGGAUGCCCUCCUUACUCCCCAGUAUAUACUUCUUGGAUAGAUUGCUGGUGCAUGCUACAAAAAGAGGCGCCAUGCUGCUGCUCCUGCUGGGCCUGCUGGGCCCUGCCGCCUGCCGGGCCCUGGGGCCGGGGCCGGGGCCGGGCUCGACCGAGCUGCGCUCGGCCUUCUCGGCCGCACGCACCACCCCCCUGGAGGGCACAUCGGAGAUGGCGGUGACCUUCGACAAGGUGUACGUGAACAUCGGCGGCGACUUCGACGCGGCCACAGGCCAGUUCCGCUGCCGCGUGCCCGGCGCCUACU